GUGAACGUACGUGUAGUUCCAACAUGGCCUGGUUACCCAGCAGCUCCAACGGCGCCGACAAUGCGGACGAGCGCAGCACCACCAGCCACUCCAGCGCUGCAUCCUCCUCCAACGGCAACAAUGAGUCACCCAGAUCAACAGCUCAAGCAACAACAACAGCAACAACAGCAGCAACAUCAGUUGGCGUUGGCUCGCGUCAGCCGCCGGCGCUGCUGCGUCAUGCCACGCCCUAUUUGCAGCCCAAGUGCGAGUCCAUCUCCGAUGGCGAUGCUGAGCUCUCUGACUUCUCGCUCAACGACACCGAGGAGGAUGAGGACGAGCUGCGCGACUACAUUGUCCUCAAUGGCAACCAGGGCGAUGCUAAUCGCUCGCUCUCCAACUCGCCACGCAGCGCCAACGGCCUUUAUAGCAAUGGGCAGGGCCAGGUGUCUGGCACAGCCAUUGGCAGCUCGAGCUUGGCGGCAGCCAGCAAUGGAGUCGGUGGAGUGCGCAAAGUUUUCACCAACACACGCGAGCGCUGGCGCCAGCAGAAUGUCUCGGGAGCGUUUGCGGAGCUGCGCAAGCUGGUGCCGACGCAUCCGCCGGACAAGAAGCUCUCGAAGAAUGAAAUCUUGCGCUCGGCCAUCAAAUAUAUAAAGCUGCUCACCGGCAUACUCGACUGGCAGCAGCGCCAGGCGCUGCCUACGGAGCAGAACAACAACGACAAUCGCUUGAGCAAUGGCCACGCGACUCAUGAGGCACUGCAUCACAUCAAGUGCGAGCGAUUGGAGCGAGAGAGUCGCCCCAAUGGCAACGAUUUGCUGAUGAUAGCGACGCCAACGCAAAUCAAAACUGAGCAAGGUCAGCUCAAUCAUUACGAGGAGUCGAAUGGAGCAGCCGCUGUUGUUGUUGUUGCUGCUGCUGCUGCUAUCACGCCAGCAACAGCUACAACUGUUGCUGCCACCAUCAACGUCAGUAGCAGCUUCAAGCCACGCAGCAGCAGCAACAAGCGACGCGCCAGGACUGUGGAUGCCACAACAGGCGAGCUGCAUAAGCGGCGCAAAUCUUAA